AUGUUUGUAUAAAAGGAUUAAGUAUUUACAUUGCUUAUUUUGAAAUUUCCUAAGUGUUCUAACCACUUGUUAGCUUAUUGUGAAUCCAAAUGACAAGAUGAAAUAUAAGUUUUUUCUAUUCAACAUGGUUCAUGCAAUCACCAUUCUAACAAUUUUAAAAAUGCUUGCUAAUGCUCAAACCACCUGCAACAGCGGCUUAGGAAGAGUAGUUUAUGAAAGGUUACCGGAUCAUCAGUUGCAAGACUUUGAUGAUGACAUGGUGCGAGAUUCUUCUCCUCCAUUUAGAGUAUUCGAAAAGUGUCAAGAGUUAUGCUUAAGAGAUAGAACGGCAACGAACAAUUUGGUGCGUGCUUGUACAAGUUUUGAUUUCCAACCAGGAAGUAGAAUAGCGUCGUUUAGAGGAACACCUGAAUACGAAGACAGCAGUUGUUAUCUCACUAGAGAGCAAGCGCAGCCUGACGGGAUUGGCAAUUUGAUGCUGGUACCAAACAGCGUGCAUUUCACAGAAGUGUGUUUGACAUCAAAUCGAAUAGAAAGAGAUUGUCCGAAUCGACGCUACAUAUUUGAAAGGCAUCCCCGAAAAAAAUUAAAGUUACAGCUUACGGAAAUAAAAGAAGUUCCAGCUGCUAAUCGAACAGAAUGUGAGGACAGAUGUCUGAAUGAAUUCAGCUUUAUUUGUCGGUCAGCAACAUAUAACACCGUAGAAAGAAGUUGUGCCUUAAGUCGCUUCACAAGACGUUCUUAUCCUGACUAUUUGGAAGAUGACCCUAAUUCAGAUUAUCUCGAAAAUACUUGUCUUACUGCUGAUCGUCGCUGUGAUGGUUUAAUGGUUUUUGUAAAAGAAGUUAAGAUGCGUUUAAAGGGACCAUUUGAACUUGACGUUUAUGCAAAUUUAACUUUGGACGAAUGCCAAGCUCUUUGUUCAAGAGCAGAAAAAUACUUUUGUCGAAGUGUUGAGUACGAUGAACAAACUCAUCAAUGUGCUAUUUUCGAAGAAGACUCAAUUUCUCAGAGAGACGAUAUAGGCGGAAACAAUAGUCCGACCCAACAUUUUUACGAACUUGUUUGCUUAGACAAUCCACGUGGUUCUGAGUAUCCAGAUAAGGGCGUAACAGCAACGUCAUUUAAUGAUGAACGUCGUCCAGACACUGCUUUCGAAAGGUACAGAAAUGCCCGAUUGAGUGGAGAAUUCCAUUCAGAAAUCACAGGAAGAAGUCUCAGCGAAUGCUUGGAAGAAUGUCUAAGGCAAUCAAGUUUCCCAUGUAAAAGCGCAGUUUACUCUGAACAUUUCCAUACUUGUCGGCUAAGCAUGUUUAAUCAAAGAGACAGACAUCGGAUAAUAUUCGACGCGGACUAUGAUUAUUAUGAAAAUCUUAUGCAUCAAUAUCUAGCUGGUGAGACCGAUGUAUCUUCACAUCGUCCUGAUCCAUUAGGUCAAGAUACCAACUACGACAGACAUUCUCUCGGACGCCCAGGGUAUGUCGACGACUAUUACAAACCUUCUCAUGGAAUCGAAAAGGAUAUUCGUUUCUCAGAAAGAUAUCCGGAAUCAAAUUCACUACCUCUAGGACGGUAUCCUUUUCCAGAAGGUCAUCGUCAUCCUGGUGAAUUUAAAUUAUACCCAGCUAAAGAUCACUACUUAUCUGAUGAUAAAUAUAAUAGAAUUUAUAAACAUCGUUAUCCACCUAAUUUAGACAAUUUUCCCCGUGAAAGAUAUCCAUCAGAUAGACCGUUGAUAAAUGAAAAUAAAAUUCCCAUGCGUGGGACUUAUUAUUCAGACAACACUGGCAAUUAUCCUGCUUAUGACCCUGAAAGUGUAAGUAGAUAUCCAGUAUAUAGACGUCGAUUUUUGAAUACUUUACCACCUUCACAAAUUCAACAUCUGCAGGAUCACUUUCCUAAUCAAGAGAAUUUACGUUAUUCGCCUGGAUAUAUAAAAAAUAACAGACGCUAUCCUAUAGAAGAUUUACCAAAUAGAGACUUGUUCUUUAAAAGAGGAAGACAUCCAGGAGUGAAUGGGAAAGAGCACUUUGAUCGUCCACCUUACAUCGAAAGCAUGGCCUACAAUCCAGUACGGCCCUUAUCUAACGAAGCUUAUGGAGAAGGUGGAGUAGGUGGAGUAGUCGGUGGUGGCUAUAUAGGGGAAGGUGGUAUUUAUCAGACUAAACCCUUUGUCAUAAAUGGGCCUAUAAGCGACAGACCUCCCUUACUCGCACGGUGUGACGAGCAAACCAACUUUCGACGAGUAGCGCACAGGAUGCGCGUGCGGAAACCUUUCAUUCGUGGCUCAACUUCGGCUCCAUCUAUACAGAACUGUGAUCGAGAGUGUGCAGACACGAGACAUUUUGUAUGCAGAUCUUUCAAUUUUAAGCCGCUGGCCAAUGAGCAAGGUAGUGAUCAAGAUAAUUGUGAACUAAGCGACAGGGAUUCAAGGGACAUGGAUAUGAAUAAUCCUCUGUACUAUGAUUCUGGAACGGAUUUUGAUUUUUACGAGAGAAAUAAUGGUAGACAAGGAUCCGAUAACGAUUGUCUUGAUGUGACUCAAACUUGCAGUGAAGAUGGAAUGGAAUUUACGCUUAGAACACCUGAAGGUUUUACUGGUAGAAUUUAUACUUAUGGAUAUUACGAUAGAUGUUUUUUUCGAGGUAGUGGAGGGACAAUAAAUGUCUUACGAAUAAGUGGAACUCAAGGAUAUCCUGAUUGUGGAACUCAGCGGUAUGGAGACGCAAUGACCAAUAUCGUGGUUGUACAAUUUUCUGACUAUGUGCAAACAGCAAAAGACAAACGAUUUAAUCUCACUUGUCUCUUCCGAGGCCCAGACGAAACUGUAGUUACAUCUGAUUACAUCGGAGCAGGGAGAUCAGGAGCACCAAUACCAAUCGAAUAUCUUCCAGCUGAAAACACACUGAAUAAUCGUGUUCGUUUACUGAUUCUUUAUCAAGGCAGACCGACCACAACAAUUGCUGUUGGUGAUCCACUGACUUUUAGAUUGGAAGCGCAAGACGGAUCUGUUUAUCCUGCUGAUAUUUUUGCUACAAACGUCGUAGCCAGAGAUCCAUAUUCUGGAAGGAGUGUCCAGUUAAUAGACAGAUAUGGAUGUCCUGUUGAUAACUUCGUGUUCCCUGGUCUGGAUCGUUUAAGAGAUGGAGACAGUUUAGAAGCUCGAUUUAAUGCAUUUAAAAUACCUGAAUCAAAUUUUUUGGUCUUCGAAGCCACAGUUCGUACUUGUCCUAAUGGCUGCCAACCGGCCUAUUGUUCUUCUGGAAGUGGAGCUGGAAGAAACGAACCAUCUUUUGGAAGAAAACGAAGAGAUUUAGAAUCCGAAAAUAUUAUCAGCAGAAAUGAUACCGAAGAAAAUGUUGCAAUAUUAACUAUAGCAGAGAAUGAUAUAAAUAAUCAGAAUAUGUCAUACGAGUCGAUUGAAGAAGGCGAGGAAGAGUAUGUGAGAGAAAUGAUAGAGGUAUUUGCUUCAAGAAAUGAUUUAGAUGAAGAGAAAGAAACUAUUCUAAUUGAGCAACAAAUUAAUGCUUUAGAAAAAAUUUGCCUAUCAUCGAAUGAAUAUUUUGCUCUUAUUGCUGCUAUUAUAACUCUCGUUGCUGUUUUAUUUGCUGUAUUAAUUUUGCAGAUAUUGAUUUGUAGAAAGUACAGUCAUUUAAAAGCUUUACAGCACAAAAACAUGAAAAGGUCGAAUAACCACAACCAAAUACAUGAUAAUUUUUCUAACAAAGGAUCUAUAAACUACUCUUUUCUAAGAUCAAGUUUUCAAAAAGCAGCACGCUCCAUAGCCAUUAGCAACAUAAUGUCCCAAAGAAGAACUUCGGAAGAAACUCAAUCAAGUCAACGAAGUAAUGUCGAUCCCAGUGAACCGAUUUACACAGAUCCUUCGCUUUUCGAGUUUAGUCGUUCUGCUCUUAUAGGUGCUCAAGACCUACCUUACUAAAAGACGAAUAAAUAAAAUCCUGAUGAAUAUCGACCUUGUUCAAAAAAUUAUAUCUUAAAUACAAUUUAAGUUUUUACACAAAUAUUGCAACACUAUUAAAUACGUAUUACUUGCU